UGCCCCCCACUUCGACCCUUCCCUGCUCGCGGAGCAUCCAUCGAGCAUCGCACGGAAGCGAGCAGGGAAAAUUGUUGGGUCCCUCUGUCGGUCGGUCGGUCUCCUCUGCAGGGCAUCGCAUCCCAUUGCAGCGCAGCGGAGCGGAGCGGGCAUUGUAUGGCGCGGGAGAUCGAGGCAGAUCAGUGAGUGAGUGAGUGCCUUCGAGGGAGUGAGCCUGCAGGCAACGCGACGCACCGCACCGCACCGCAACGCAGCUGCUGCGACAUGCAAUUUGAAUCGACUGUCUCUGAAGGCGGUGGCGCGUCGGGACUCGAUUGAUCGGGAAGCGCUCGCGCUCUGAGGUCUGAGAGCGGAGGAGGCGAAGGUGUUUCCUGAUGGCGCCGCCGGGAGGAGGAGGAGCGCAGGUGGCCAGGGCUGGGGCUCCCGCGGUCGCGGGAGCGCCCGUUCAGGCUCAGCCUCAGCAGAGCUUUGGAGGCAUGCUGUUCGGUGUGGUGAGAAUGGGCAUCUUCUGGUACUUCGCCAUGCAAAUGUUUGCUCCCAAGAAACCCAGCAAUCCGGAUCUCCUGACCAACAAUCUGUUCAUGAAAGGCGAGGAUCUGGACUUUUGGAUGUAUAUAUCAGAAAGCAGGGAGUUCAAGGACUUUAGCAAUGAGGAGACUCUUAUUUGGCAUGAAACAAAGGUGCCGUAUGCCGUUUGGACACCGGGAAGUACUAGACGUCGUAAUUACACCUUUACUCCGUCAGAGGCAGUACAGAAGCACAAUGCGAGUAUCUUUGCCCAUGUUUUUUUCGCCCGAUCAGGAUAUUCUCCCGACCCACAAGAUGCUGAUUAUAUGAAAGAAUCCACUUUCAGCCGUACUCAUCCACUCGUAACCUACCUUCCAAAGCCGAAAGUGGACAAUCGGAAAAGCUUGUUAUCAAAGGAUGCUGAAGGUGAUCAGCUAACCGCAGAAACGGAGACAGGACUGGAAACAAAGGAAUCUGAGGAAGGCGAAGAAAGGAUAUGGAUAUCAUUUUGGAAGCCGAAUAUCACGAUAAAUCUUGUGGAUGAUUUCACACGUUAUCCAAGAGGAGGAGCCCCCCCAACAAUUGCCGAACACUUAAACGUGGAUGAGAACACAGGCAACUACUUUCCAACUGUCUAUUUCAACGAGUUUUGGUUGUUGAGAGACAAACUUAUAGCAAUCAACGAGACCGUUAACGAACUUUACUUGGAAAUGGAACUUGGACCCAUAAGUUUGACAAGAUGGCAGCUUUACUUGCAAAUAGAUCAGUCUUUCCAGAUCCACCGGUCUUAUGGCAGUAUGAUUGAAGGAGAAGCCGAUGAACUCAAGAGGGUGUUUGUAGAGGGCAAUCCGAUUUUGCUCGCAGUUACAAUGGCUGUUUCCCUUCUUCAUUCAGUAUUUGACUUUCUGGCCUUCAAAAAUGAUAUUCAGUUUUGGAACAAAAACAAGUCCAUGGAAGGCUUGUCAGCUCGUUCAGUGGUCAUCAACUUCUUCUGCCAGCUCAUAGUGUUUCUAUAUCUGCUAGACAAUGAGACAUCCUGGAUGAUACUGCUUAGCUCUGGUGUUGGGUGUUGUAUUGAGUUUUGGAAAAUCGGGAAGGCGAUGAUCAUUGAGGUUGACCGAAGUGGAAGGUUUCCUCUUUUGAGAUUCAAACAUCGCGAUUCGUAUGCUGGGAAUAAGACAAAGGAAUACGAUGAUCUGGCUAUGAAGUAUUUGUCCUAUGCUCUGUAUCCUAUCGUGGCAUGUUUUGCAAUCUACUCUCUCAUGUACGAGCGACAUAGGAGCUGGUAUUCGUGGAUCUUGUCAUCUCUGACAAGCUGUGUUUACACCUUCGGGUUCAUCAUGAUGUGUCCUCAAUUAUUCAUCAACUACAAGCUGAAAUCAGUUGCUCACCUGCCUUGGCGUCAAAUGACGUACAAGUUUCUCAAUACGAUCAUCGAUGAUCUGUUUGCAUUUGUCAUCAAGAUGCCGUGGCUACAUCGUUUGUCAGUCUUCCGUGAUGAUGUGAUAUUCCUGAUUUACUUGUAUCAACGUUGGGUCUACCCGGUUGAUAAAAAGCGAGUCAAUGAGUUUGGGUUUGGAGGAGCUGAGGCAGACGGCAGUGAACCCAGUAAUGCAAUUGAAGCAUCCGUAGCGGACAGGAUCAUAAAGAGACCAGGAGAAUCAGCGAAAGAGGCUAAAGCAGUCCUACGAACUGCUGGCUUCUCGGAGGACGGCUCAAAAGCUGCUGAGGGGAGCAGUUCUUCAACAGCUGCAGAAGAGACGAAAGAGGGCAAGAAAAAGUUGUGAAAUGUGUGUUGUUCCUGUGCUAGACUACUUAGGAUUAGUCUCUCAAAAUCUAUGCAAUUUUUUCCCAGUGUAACGUGCUUUUUUGAGAAAUUUCGUAAGAUUGCAACAAAAGCUUCUUAGUGGAGGCAUUGGAUUCCUUGGCACGUCGUUGGAUGCUUCUGUACAGCUCUUUGUCCUCCCUCUUGUGCCACCAAGAGCCACCAAAAUGGUGGUGCAUUGAGCUACGUGUCACCUUCAUGUCUUGAAGGUCACACUAUUACAUCAAGGUAGCUCUGUCGUAAUGCUUUUAUUGUACAAUUUGAUAUGUAAUAUGCAUUUUUUUGAAUUUGUAAAUCCUGG